GAAAACGAUUACAAAAGAUGUGGGAACGUUCAAUUUUUUUUAACCACUUCUCAGGAAAUCUCUUAACUGCAAGGGUAUAAAAGGGAGGUGCAGAAAACAUGGAGCUCACUGUGCACUGUGCCUCACUUUGAGACUCAAAAGAUACAAGGAUUCCUCUUUGAAGACCAUCCCUACCAUUUAAGACAAUAAUGAAUACUGCAAUCAAGUGCAUUGUUCUCCUGGCCUGCAUCAUUUGCAGUUCAACAACUAUUCUGAACUGCCGAUGUGUAAGAACAGUCAACGCCACGAAAAUCUCUCUCAUCGCUGAUGUAGACGUGAUUAACCCUCGUCCAUACUGCAACAGGAAAGAAGUCAUCGCCGUACUGAAAGACGGGAGCUCACAGUGUCUUAACCCCAACGGAAAAUUCACCCAAUUAGUCGUGAAGGCAAUGCUAAUGAAGAAGGCGGCACGUGCUUCUAAGAAGACCAGCACCAGCACCAGCACCAGCACUCCCAAAACAACCAUAGCAUCGGUCACAUAAUGCAAAUGUGUUCAUCAUCGUUAAAAUGAAACAAGACGUAUCCAAUUUGUAAGGAGAUCCGCACACCUCCCCAAAGUAAGGGUAUGGUUGGUGUAAUUCUUGCACAGAUGGUACAAUACUGAAACAAGUGAAAUUGUUUUUCUUCACUCGUUUUGAGUUUUGCGCAGCGGGAGCUAAAAGUGACAGCAAGAUGUAAAAGUGUGAAAUAUUUAAUACUCCAGCAGCCAUAACAUAAUGAGCAUUGUCACUUUUAGGAGACAGUUUGUGAAGGGAGUGUCCUUACCCAGAAUAUUCAUCUGGUUAAACAGGGUGCAUGUAAGAUAUGUGAUUUACGUCCGCUGAUGAGACUGGUGUAUUUCCAGCCUAAAAUACUGCCUUAUGAUUGAAUCGACGAUUAAUGAGAAUAUUUUUUUACUGUGAUUGUAUUUUAUUGCUCUUAUUCACUACAUCUCAAAUUCUAAUAAUUAUUGUUUGUGAUGUAAUUCAACCUGGCAGAUAAUAUUGUGAAGGUCAUGAUGGUAAAUCUGAUGGUAAAUGUGAACUGUGUUUUUAUUUGGUUGAUUUGUUAAAGCUUCAUUUGUUUGUGUAAUUUGAAGUUUUCCUCUUUUUUUUAUUACAGUGCAAACAAAUGUGUAUUUAUGUGUGUAUACAUCAUACUGUAUGAGUGCCGUGUUUUUUUAAGUUUUUUUAAUUUUUAAAUAAUGUUCAAUAUUGACUCUUGACACGUGAUGCUGUUGAUGAAGAUGUUAACAAAUUGCAAUAAAUCUGGACAUUGUAAAAAAAAAAAAA